AUGAGUAAUCUGGAGCGCUCAGUCAAUGUGUCGGAGCCGGAGUUUCUGGAGCUGACCGUCUCCAACCUGAGGCCUGAGGAGAGCUACACCUUCAGAGUCAUCGCAUACAACGACAUGGGGCCGGGACAGAGCUCCGCCCCUCUGAGUAUCAGCACCAAACCUGACCUCCAGGUUCCCAGCAGGGUGGAGUCUCUCCAGGCGGAGGCUCUGUCUCCCUCCUCCGUCCAGGUGAGCUGGGAGCCGCCCAGCCAACCCAACGGCCCCGUGCUGAGCUACAGACUGCUGUGGACCGAGAGGCCGUCCAACAAGGAGCAGAGUGUGGAGGUGAACGGACUCAACUACAAGAUGGAGGGACUCAAUAAGUUCACAGAGUACACAGUUCGAGUUCUGGCAAUCAACCGCUAUGGUCCAGGCACCGCCCCGGUGACGGUCAGCGUCACCACCCAAUCAGACG